AAAACAUGCUCAUUACAUUCGGGCUAAGAUUCCUUCUGUUUAAUACCCAAGCAAUCAUUAAUUCAAUUGCUUUCGUAAUGAAUUAAACAUUUAUAAAACAGUAAUUGGAUUUUUUUGUGUAAAUGUAUAAACUUGAAAGGAGGAUUGAAUUUGAUGAUAAAGACCAAUCCUUAGGUUAAUUGAUCAAUUGACUUAUACUUUCCUACAGCGCCAACACAAGGAUCUAUAUUAAGCAAUUGAAAGGUAUACCAUAAUUGGAAGGUAUUUCAUAUUAUUUUUUACUUUUUUGAAAUAACUGAAGAGUUGUUUUGCCUCGAAAAACCAAAAUAGCUCGAGUGCUUUAGCAGAAAGAAUACGAUUUGCUCUCAACACUAACAGCUCUUGGUAUGUUAAGCAAUGCUCAAAUGCACUAUUGAAAAUGAUCAAAUUCAAACUUUACGAAAUGGAGAAACAUAUGUGUCCUAUCAAGUCCGAACCCAGAGUGACUUGUCAGUGUUUGAAGAGAAAGAAUUUUUCGUUCGAAGAAGAUACAGUGAUUUUGAGAUGCUCCAUAAUAUUUUAAGUAGGGAUUACAAUGGAUACGCAAUCCCUCCCGUCCCAAGAAAGCAUACAGUCACCUCGUUUUCAGGUGGAUCUCUUUCCCCGAUAUUCGUGGCCCGACGAAUGCAUUCUUUACAAACAUUCCUUAACAGAUGCAUUAGUCACCCUGUAAUUAGUAAUUCCAUGCACAUGUAUCAGUUCCUUGAAAAUGAAUUCUGGAAGUCCUAUUACCAUAAUGCCUGGAUGCAAGCGGAAAAUGCAAGCAUUAAACCUCCGCAAGAAGUUAACAACGGUAAAGGUCUUGAAAAAUCUUCAAUUAUUACUGAGCCGUAUCCUAUUAUCGUUCAAGAAAAUGCAAAACGGAUAUUACAAAACUGCGAGACAGAUCUACAGAAAUUGGCCAAGGCUUGUAGUCAACAUAUGAGUAGCUUACAGACUUUUCCUUCUGAUAUUACAAUUUCGAAAGCAUCAAAUGCUUUUUACACUGAUGGAAUUUCCUCGAUCUUUGGUAUCUUAAAGAAAACCAAUGCUCAGCUAUUGAAUGUCUACCAGGCGAAUAUCCUUACUUCAAUCCAAGAUUUGGAAGACUACUUAUUUAUAUUUAAGUCUAUGGUAAAACAAAGAGAGCAAAAACAAAAGACGUUUGAGACAAUUCAACUCGAAUGUUCUCAAAUUUCCGCCAUAGAAGCUUCCAUUGCCAAUGAACAGCUAACCCCCAGGAUGAAUAAUGAUCUGAAAAAUUCCAGAAAAAGGAUAACAUCAUCCUCGCAAAAUAAGUCUACCAGUUUAUUCACUGUCCCCAGGUUUCUUCGGAAAAAGAGGUCUGCAUCUUCGGAACUCGCAAAUCCCAUUGAGGCUCUCAGAAUAUGUUAUCAAGAUCUCCAACAAAUAGACGAAAAAUUGGAUAGCGAAAUGGGAUUCUUUCGUGAAAGACUGGAAGUUGAAACUCGAUGGACAUUGCAAACUAUUUGUGACAAUCAUGUGAACCACUUUACUGACAUCCUUCAAAGUAUCAAUGCUUAAACUAUUACAUGAGAAAAAUAUUUUCUUAAUGUAGGAUGUAUAAUGAAGUAAUCAUUUUGCUUUCGUCUCACUCACGCUGAUUUUGUACAAUACGAAGGUCCUUUUCUCCACUCUUAUUCUUCUUUUAAUCACUUCUUUCCGCAUGUCAGUUAAUCAUUUUUUGUUCACUCUUUAUGAAAAUGAGAGUGAUCCUGGGUUGCAUACCGGAUUUAUGUCUACAUGCUUAUACUAUGAUUUUGUAUGACCGGUUUUCUCCCGUUUUUUUCUUCUUGAUGCCUUUUACACUAAUGAUAAUGCAUAGAUGCCUAUAUUUCUUGUUAUUAAAAUGAUAAAUGCUUAUGUUGAUGAAUGAUAAUGUUAUAAAUUUCAGAACUAUUAAGUAGUAUGCACAGCGAUCGUC